GCCGCCGCUGCCUUCUCCUCCUCGACUCCUACGGCUCACCACAUCCGAUCGGAGCGAGAAAGGAGGCCGGCCUCAGCGUUCACGUUUUCCUCCCCCUGCGUCCCGCCUUCCUCCUCCUCCUUCUCGCCUCUCUGUUCUCCCUCCUCAAGGCUUUGUCCAGCCCCUUGUGAAGAUGGCGGGGCUGAGCAGCAGGACUAGCGUGGCAGAGGCGCCGAGAAGCAGCGCACGAGGGGUCGUGAUUUCAGAUGAUUGGCCAGGAUAUAGCUUGGAUCUGUUUACGUAUCCACAGCAUUACUGCGGAGACCUUGACUAUGUGCUCAUACCUCAUGGGAUCAUUGUUGACAGGAUAGAACGUUUGGCCAAAGAUAUCAUGCAAGACAUUGGAUACAAUGACAUCGUGGUUCUCUGUGUACUUAAAGGUGGCUACAAAUUCUGUGCUGAUCUUGUGGAGCAUAUUAAGAACCUCAGUAGAAACUCAGAAAGGUUCAUCUCCAUGAAAGUUGACUUUGUUAGAGUGAAAAGUUAUCAGAAUGACCAAUCUAUGGAAGAUACUCGUAUCAUAGGAGGAGAUGAUUUUCCAAAAUUGGCUGGAAAGAAUGUGCUUAUUGUGGAGGAUAUCAUUGGAACUGGAAGAACUAUGAAAGCACUCCUUAACAGUAUUAAAAAAUAUAAACCCAGAAUGGUUAAGGUAGCAAGCUUGUUGGUGAAAAGAACAGCUCUACCAGAUGGAUUCAGGCCUGACUAUUAUGGAUUUGAAAUUCCAGAUUUAUUUGUGGUGGGUUAUGCCUUAGACUACAAUGAGUACUUCAGAGACCUAAAUCACUUAUGUGUUAUCAAUAACCACGGCAAAGCAAAAUACAGAAUCUAAAGAAUAAUCAUCUUUGACUGGAACAUUUGUGGUCCUCAUGAUCGUCUCCAUUAGAACAUACCAACUCAUCUCAUUCAGGCUGGACUACACAUGGCAAUUCCCCAGGAAAGAUCAUCUUGGACUUUGAUACAGUUAGACUCCUUUAUUUCCUUCAGACUAGAGGUGAAAGGAAACUUGGUUAUUAAUUUUUGCACCCAGCUUUGCCCAACCUUAUCAUGCCAGAUUUGUUGGGAUUAAAUUCCCAUUGUUUGUAACCACCAAGUUCUCUUACCCUGUGUAACAAGUGCCUUUAAAAAUGUGUGUUGAGCACAACUGCACAAUGAUCAGUGGGCUCUGUGGAGCUAUUAUAACAAUUAUUACAUUUUAAUGGUGCAGUUUGUUAGAUCAUUUUUUAAAGACAGUGUUAUAGUGCCUUUACUUAAGCUCUUUUUAAUGGAAUUUGUAUACAUAAUUGUUACAAUUUCCUUUUUAUGACUAUCAUUGUUGAGAUAUUUAUUCUCACCCAUUAUUUAAAAAUCAAAGGAGCAAAGACCUCAAACUAAAUGAUUCUCCCUUAACUCAAUAGUUCUUUGUAGAACCCCUGAGAUAAUUUAGGCUGGUCAAGAAUGGCUUGAGCCAAUGUUUGAAUUCAUAAAAGCAAACAGACUGCAUUGUGGUUUAAACAUUGUGUUUUAUACAUCAUUGCUUUUGUUUUAGUAAAAUGUGUGAACCAGCUCAUUAUAGCAUGUUCAGCAAAACAUAGUUUUAAACCAUACUAUGGCUUGCAGGUAGGGAGGAAAUGCCAUAAUUAAGCAAACAAUUAUCUUCUUGUUUAAAGUCCAGUAUUAUGUACACUAUGCUUCAAAACUAAUUUAGGAUUUGAAAUAUUAGAAGUCCUCGUCUUAUAUUCUAACCCAGGGGAAUUCAGAAGAGGGCAAUUUGUCACCCUUUAUUUGUUUUCGGCAGCUUCUUGCUUUCUAAGGUUGAGGGGAAUUGAAAUUCAGUAUCUGGAGGGUAGGGACAAUGGCCUACGCUUCAUCUGAUCUUAGUGUCAUGCUGUCCUUGUUCAUUUGUUUGUUCUUCUGCUUCUUAUAUCUCCACAAAAUUUGUUCCAAUGCCACUUUCUUUGUUUAGAGCUACAACUCCUGUUCAGGGAGUACAAGGAUUAAUUUUGAAUCAUUGGAAUAAUAUAAGCAAGUGUAUUAGCACAUUAGCAAAUAGAAUUUGCAUAAGUUAAAAUUCAUUAUACUGUUACUGCUUUUAUGAAAUAUAUCUGCAGUGUCUAAUUAUGUAUUGAGCCUUUCCCAAAUAAGCAUUGUCCAGAUGUAUUGGGACUGCAAAUCUCAGAAUUCAUCUUGUAGGAAUUCUAAGAACCAGGCUCUGGCAGUUGGCUUGGAUCCCCAAUAGGGCAUCCCAUUCUGGAAAAGGCUAGUAGAUUUGGAGAAGAUUCUACCUUCACCCUGUUUAACACAUUGGUCCUUCUUAUCCAGUUUGUUGUUAAUUUUAAUGCUUUAACAUUUAAUGCUCAAUGUUUUAUAUUUUUGACCUUCUAAUUAUUUUAUACUGCUAUUAUAAUACUCUAAGCCGCCCAAAAUCACUUGAUAGUCAGAUGGGCAGCAUAAAAUUUUAAUAAAUAAAUAACCACACUAACACAUCUAGGGAUAUAAGAUGCGGGAAAGCCAAUGAAUGGAAUCUUCCGCUAUCCUAUAAUAAUCAUUGAAGUCAUCUUUGAUUUCUGGCCCAGAUUUUUUAAUUUAUAACCUUAUUUUAGGUUAUAGUUCAAAGCAUCCCAGUCAAUUUAUGGUGGAAGUAUUGGUCCAACAAUAUUUGGAUUGAUUGGACAUGCCUGUUUUUCAAGGUUCUACUACAAUCUUGUAAGCCUCUUAGUGCCUUCCUUUGAGCUAUACUUCCUUUGUAAAAAACUAUUUAGGCAUUAAAGUGCAUUGAACUCUUA